AUGCAAAUGGAGGCGCCCAGAGACCAGACCCUUGCGGAGCUUCUUCGUCCUCCCCUGAGCGGAGUGACGUCAUCUCUUGUCAGCAAUCUCCUCGAGAAGAACGGUCACCUGCCCCAGGGUUUGUCCGAUGUUGCCGCUCAGUGGCUCACGCAACUUCCGCAAGAGAAGCAGAUAGCCGUCUUGCGCGAGCUACUGGGCUGGCAAAGCUCAGUCGAGAACCCGUCAGGGGCUCUUGUUUACACCAUCAAGAAACACGGACAUAACUUCACGGGGCUCACGAGCGCCAUCAAGCAACGGUUCUUCAGUGGCAGUGCAUAA